UUUGUGAGUUUCGCACAAGCACUUCACUGCAAAUGCGUCGCAUUCGGAUCAUUCGGGCCUGUAAGGGCUCAAGGCUUGCCUGACGCUGCAAGAAGUCUGUUUCAUCAUGAGAAAAAGUCCGUUUCACGUGAUAACGAAUUCAUGGCGUGUUCUGCCUCCUCCUGCAGCUGGAUCAUCUUGCCGUUGCGGAUGCGGCUCACCUCUGCGAAAGGCACCUUGCUGAUGGCGAUCUUGUCCUCGGGCAUGUCGAUGUUGAAGUAGCUGAACUCCUUCUGCAGCUGGGCCUUGCUGAUGUUGUGGGGCACGUGCACGGGAGUCCCGCGGCGGUAGAAGUCCAGCACAUACUCAAACAGAUCUCCAUUGGCAUCUGACAACACACAGACCUGACGGCAGUGCUCGUCCUCUCUCUACAGCGAUGCUUCGCCACGCACCGAUGAAGAUGGAUUCGGCCUGGCUGGGGCGCCACUGGUCGUCGACGAGUUUGGCCAGCAGAGUGUUGGGGUGCUUGCUGAGGGUGGACUUGGCCACCUCGUACGCCUUGCCGCCCACAUUCAACUUCACGACCUCGACAGACAUGCCGGAGGUGGGGAUGCUGGUGAUGGCGGACUCUGAAGGACGGCUGCUGAUGC